AGCAGCAGCAGACAAACAGAGGGGGGCGAAGGACAGCGCCAGUUAGCACAGAGAGAGACAGGCACUCUCAUCAGUGACGGGCUCACCGGCUGCGUGGACAGAGCUGUGGCGCAGGAGGAGGAGGAGGAGAGGUGCAACGGGAGGACAAGCUGCCUGAAAACCAGAGCAAAGAAGAGGAGCAAACCGCGAGAGAGGGAGGAGAGAUCACUGAGGGGAUAGAAGUCAUUCGGAGUAGGGAGAGGAAGCAAGCUGGAUGAAGCUGAAAAGGACACAGAGGGAGAAAAGUGCACAGAGAAGCCUUCGCUGACGGCAGAGAGAAGUGAGGGAGUGCGUGCACAAAGUGGAAAAGAAGAAGAAGAGGAGGAGAAGAGGGAGCCUGACAGGAGGUCGAGCUUACGGGGCUGGACACGAGAGUGAAGCGGAGGAGGAGGGGGAGCGUGAGGGCAGUUGAUGGAUUUGAUGUGGGGAGAGUAUUUUUAGAAGGAGGAGCGGAGACAUGAGAGGAAUAUUGAGAUUCUCUGAUUCUUUGAGUUGGGGAGAAAAAACUAGGAAGGAAGAAGAAGAGAGAGUAUAUGGAGACAGAAAAGGGGGAGAGAUGUUGAGAUCAGAGUGUGACAGAACAUAUUAUCUCUGGUCUGGUUUCCCGCAGGAAACCGCUGUGAGCGUGUGUCCGUGAAUGCGCAUGAGUGCCUCCUUCUCCAUGUGAAAGUGUGUUGUAGCAUGUUUCUCACUGUGACUGUGGCGCUGAGAAGCAGGUCGCUACAAGAUGAAGCUACCCUGCCGUUACCCGCAGGACCUAAUGACACUGCUUAAAGCCAAGUGGGGUGAGAGACAAGAAACAGACCAGUAACAUCACAAGGAAGUCUAGGCAUCAAAAGUGAGACCGCAAAGUGGGACAGAAAUGAAAUGAGCAUGGGAGACUUUUGUGAAUUCAAUUAAAACUUGUACUAAACAGUGACAAGGAACUGAUUGCUGCCUCUGGCUCCCGAAACGCCUCUGCAAGCCAGCGAAGCCUAAAAACACACACGCGUGACUCAAAAGAAGAGAAACCACAGCGCUGGAACAAGGCAAGCUCUCCUCUAACAGACUGCACCACACCAACCGAUUCCCUCUGCUGUAGUCUCAUUAUUUUAAUUACCUUCUCUUCUUUCAUUUGUGUUUUUGUCCUCUCUGCUUAGCCCUUGGUGUUUUGUAUUCCAUCCUCCUCUCUCCCUCUCUCUUCCCCUCCCUCUUCCUUUUCCUUCACUCUCUCUGUCUCAUCCUCUCUUGUUCACUGUCACACUAACUGCGGUGGGCACUGGAGUCACUCGUGUAGAAGACACCUUGCUUGGAGCACAUUUGCCUAGCUGUUUUUGAGUUGGAUGAUUGGAGCACUCUCAGAUCCAGAGACCAGGAUAGAUGACCAACAAGUAGCUGAUGCUGAGCUAAUCAGAGCUCCACCAGGAGAGGAAGGACAACUUCAAAACACACUGAAUUCCUUGUGGGUACUUGUGGGUACUACGUCUGCAUAUAGUAUAUUUAAAAUUAAGACUGAGUGGACCAUUAGUAUUCAUUCAAACAGAUAUCCCGGUGUGGAUUACAGUAGUGGAUUUAUCCUGGAGCUACAUGUGGGCCCCAGCCCCUGAGGCCUGGCUUGGAUAUGAAGCCUUUCCUGUGGCUGUAGGAGCGCUGUGGGCAGCUAUGGCCCUGGAGGGGCGCUGUCUCCGGCGUGGAUCCCCGGCUAUGAUCAGAAAGGGUCGUCAGCGGCAUCCUAUGAAGCCAACUCUGGCACGGAUCACUUCAACUUUGCUAUCAAGGACACGCCUGCACGGCCUGAGGCAGGUUUGCAUCCCUGGUGGCUCUGUGGGCCGCAGAGCCUUCUGGCUACUGGCCCUCUGCACCUCCCUGGGGCUGCUUUUAUCCUGGUCCUCCAACCGCCUACUGCACUGGCUUUCCUUCCCCACACACACACGAGUCCACACAGAGUGGGCCAGAGAACUGGCCUUCCCCACAGUCACUAUCUGCAACAACAACCCUAUCCGCCUCUAUAAGCUCACCAAGAGCGACCUGUAUUUCGCCGGCCACUGGCUGGGCCUGCUGCUGGCUAACCGGACAGUGAGGCCCAUGGUUCUGGACUUGCUUCAAGAGGACCGUCGGGCCUGGUUCAGGAAGCUAUCAGACUUCAGGCUCUUUCUGCCACCCAGAAACUUUGAGGGAACCAACCUGGAGUUUAUGGACCGACUGAGCCACCAACUGGAUGACAUGCUCCUCUCGUGCAAAUACAGAGGAGAGCCAUGCGGCGCUCACAACUUCUCUUCUGUGUUCACCAGGUAUGGGAAGUGCUACAUGUUUAACGCUGCAGAGGAGGGGAAGACGCUCCGCACCACCAUGAAGGGAGGGGCGGGAAACGGUCUGGAGAUCAUGUUGGACAUCCAGCAGGAUGAGUACCUGCCGGUGUGGGGGGACACAGAGGAUACAGCCUUCGAGGCAGGUGUGCGGGUGCAGAUCCACAGCCAGGUGGAGCCCCCAUUCGUUCACGAGCUGGGCUUCGGCGUGGCUCCCGGCUUUCAGACUUUUGUAGCCACACAGGAGCAGAGGCUGACCUACCUGCCUCCCCCCUGGGGAGAGUGCGAGUGGAGGGCUCUGGAGUCGGGCUUUUUCCAGGUCUACAGUAUAACUGCCUGCAGGAUUGACUGUGAAACACGCUACAUCGUAGAAAACUGCAACUGCAGGAUGGUGCACAUGCCUGGUGAUGCUUCUUACUGCACCCCUGAGCAGUACAAAGACUGCGCUGAGCCUGCCCUCGCUAAACUGUCGGCCGUGGAGAGAAGUAACUGCAUGUGCAGGACGCCGUGCAACAUGACCCGCUACAACAAAGAGCUGUCCAUGGUCAAAAUCCCCAGCAAGACCUCGGCCCGCUACCUGCAGAAGAAGUUCAACAAGUCCGAGAAAUACAUCACAGACAACAUCUUGGUGCUGGAUGUGUUCUUUGAGGCUUUAAACUACGAGACAAUUGAUCAAAAGAAAGCUUACGAGGUGGCAGGCUUGCUUGGGGAUAUUGGAGGCCAGAUGGGUCUGUUCAUUGGAGCCAGCAUCCUCACCAUUCUUGAGCUGUUUGACUAUGCUUAUGAGGUGGUGAAAGACAGACUACUGGAUUUACUGAGCAGAGAGGAGGAGGAGGAGAGUCAUGGAGAGGAUGUGAGUUCCUGUGACCAGGUGGCAAACCACUCAGAGUCCAUCAGCCACACUGUGACAGUCCCCCUGCAGACAACGCUGGGCACCUUGGAGGAGAUCUCCUGCUGAGGCCCCCCCCGCCUGUGCCCCUCUGAGCCACACACAGCCAGAGGCUGCCUCCACUGGGUGGCGCUACAUCCUCCGUUACGGCAUCCUGCAGGACCUGAACAGGGGAGGGGAGGAGACGAGGACAAGAACAGAAAUUGGCCUAAGGACAGCGCUGUGCUCUGUCACACUGCCCUGUCUGAAACACUGAUGGGGAUUAAGGAGCUGUCAGCUGGACUUAUCAGCCCUCUCUGUCACCCUGCACUGUACUGUGGUGGGAGGGUGGCCUCCACUGUGCCAGACCUGCAGUGGGUUCUCUGUCUCCACAUACAUGCACACAGAAAAUCUGAGAAUGGGUGGGACAACUACCCAUAAAGGGGUCUUACCCCUGUGCAGCAUAUCUAUGUAACAAACACAUUCAUAAGUCGCUCACUGCCAAAUGAACUGUACAAAAUUGGUUUUGAACUGCAUGCAUCGCUCUAUCUUGCUCUAUUCUGCUGAUGCAUAUGCUGGACUGCAGUGUUGCUUUACUAUACAUGUGUGCCAUUUGUCUCUCUCUAUCUGCAGGACAGGCCUGUGACAAGGCCCCAGGUGAGAUAUCAAACUUUGAAUGUACAGAUUGAACAUAUGGUUGUUUAAAAGCAUAAUUCAGGUGAUACCAAUCCUUCGAAAAUGUAUUCUAAUGAGCGAUUAUUUCUUCGUUAAUUAUCUUGAAGGGAAAGGUGGUUGGUAAUGUAUGAACAUUACUGAGGGGGGGAAAAAAAAAACUUUGUUCCCUAAAAACAGUGAAAUCUGAACAUUUUGCAGCCCACAUUUUUGCAUAUUUUUUCACCUGUCAGUUUCAAUUUAGUCAGUUUACUAAAAGGCAUGUUUGCUAUGUGAUUCCUGGGGUGUAAAGCUCUUCCCUACAGACAUAUUUGAAGGGAUGUCAUCCUCUUACUGUUAAUUUAUAUGAAUAAAUGACUGGCUUCUGGCUGCACCUUGUUUGCCUGCCAGACAGCAAGCCAUGUACAAACACUGCAACAAAUGGAUAUACCCAGUGUUGUUGAAACAUUAUUUCAUUAAGAGAAUGUCAAAAUGAUAUUUCAGACAGCUAUUACCACUUUAUCAAGGGUGGAAUCAUUUUGACUUUCAACAAAAACAAAACAACCCCAGGCUUGACAAUUUUAAUCAAUUUUCAUGAUCAUAGAACUUGUUACAAAAGCACCAUGAGGGGGUUCAGCCAGGAUUUUUUUUAGGAUAUAGGGUCUGCUGUGAUAUGGUGUAAAUAUCUGGGUUUUUUUUCUCAUAAAAAUGGGUACCAUGCAGAUGUGCCCAAAGCAGAUCUAAUCUAAAAGAACAUCAACUUCAAGUCCAGAAGUGACUUCAUAUUUGUCACAUUUUUUUCAUAAUGUUACUCUUUCAGUAGGUGAGAAUGUUACAUAACAGGCAGUAGCAUUUUGAAGGCAGUUCAAUGUCAUGCUAAAUACACUUUGCUACAAACACCAGGCUUUCUUUCCAAUACAGGUCUGUCUGAGCUUUCAGUGUCCUCAGAAACAACAGUUACAUAUAAACGGCUUUACACCAAAAGUUUGUGUAAGACCAUGUGGAAGAUUUAGUGUAUCUGAAUUCAUGAUCAUCCUAGCUUGGUCUUUGUCAUCAUGGUAAUGUACAUUACAGGUAGGAAUGAAUUCAAGUGCUUUUGUUUGAAUUAUGAUUUCCCGUCUGUGGCUCAACCUGCUGUGUGUACUAUCUCAUGUUGUGGCUUCAGAUGAACAAAAUUCUCAGCUGAUCUGCAGGGGUGUGAGACAAACGUGUCUCGCUUCUCUUGGUGACAACGACACUGGCUGAUUCUUCUCUCUACUUUGGCUUCAAUUGUUAUCGCAGGACAGCGUUUUCUCAUUUUGUGAUGCAGCAUACAGUGUGUGUUUUUAAUGUGAAACAAUUAAAUUAAAAAGUUGUUUUGCA